AUGAAGAAAAGCUCCACUGCUACGACAACAAUGUCACUACCAACCAGUCCGACCAUUUCGGCGCACACCAUUACCGGCAGUAAGAUAAGUUUAAGUAGCACGAAAACGGCAACUUCGGGUCGUUCCAGUCGCACAGGCCUGCAAUCCCCACAAAAGAAGAAGAGCGAUCUUGAGUUGGAGUCUAUACUAGAGAAGGCUAAAUUUUAUACAUCGUUGUGCCUUGGAACCACUGCUAUUUUAUCAGUUUUUGCCUUCCUCUUCUUAAUACCCUUCGUUGUAGAUCCGGCAAUUUCGACAAUAAUCGCUGAUUAUGAUCCUGUGCCAGUCACGUGUAUUGUCAUUGAUCAUGUCUAUGCGGAAGGCAUAAAAAAUUGUUCGUGGAGUUCAUGCCGUGAGGGCUGCACAUCAUCACUCACCAAGUGCCAUCAGUUGUAUGUUAACUACACACGUAUCCCCUUCAAUGAAUGGGAGAAGAAUCCGCGCGAACUGGAUAAGGUGCAGUGGGAUAUCAGCUAUACGAAAUUUCUCAUCAACUCCGAAGGUUGCGGUUAUCCACCCACAACGAAUUGCAGUGUCUUUGCGCGCCAAUAUGGCUACUCGCACAUUGGAGAACCAUUUCCCUGUUACUAUAGUCGUGCCUACCCAGAAGUGGUGAUCGGUCGCUACUCGUGGGAGAACAAUUUAUAUCAUCUUGUUUUGUCGCUCAUCAUACCAAAUGUGCUAUUCGCGAUUUCGAUAGGUGUGCUAAGCUAUUGGUAUUGCCCCUGUUGCGACAAGGCAUGUAAUAAAUCUUCACGGGUCUAUGCGGAGAAAUUUCCCUCGAAGGAAGAGAUUGUUAACUGCAUGAAUUGCAAACCGGAGAAAACGUUAUCCCUCAGUAAUUUUUAAGAGAACAUAAUGCAAGUGCCUGUUAAAACCGUUUGAAAUAAAUUUAACAAAAUUAUUAAACACGAAAUACUAAAAAACGUAACGAAAAGGUUAUAUACUGUUUACAAGUGAGAUUAAAUCUGAAUAGAAUACCUACAAUUAAUCAUAAAAUAUUUUUCGCGCACCCCUUUUUAUCCUAUGGUAGUUAGUCAUUGUCUUAUAUGAAUGAGAAAACAUUAGUUUAGAAUAUAGUGAUGUUUUUUGCACUUAAAGUCAAGCACACAGUUUCAUAGAUAUUUGAAAAGAAAAUAAAUCACAUUAAUCACAGUUCAAAUAAAAAGUUAAAAAUGGUUGUUACAUAGCCGCCAUCGAAACUACCUUGGUCAACUGUGCCUUUAGUCAGCUCACUAAACGCUGGCCGAAUAACAGGAAAUGUGGAUUGCUUAGGUUAAGCAAGCAAGCCGUAGCUCUCAAAAGUGAUGAUGGACUGAACCAACUAAAUAUAAAUUCGUGCGCUUAAUGCACGCUAUAAAUGUUCACACCUGUCGCAACAACAAGCAGAAAAAUUGAAACAUUUCAAUUUUCUUCAUACAUGCAUGCAGACCACAAUACGACGGUAUGCCACUCUUGGCAUGUAUGGAUGUGUAUACUCUGCUUAUUCCCCUUAGCGCCUUUUUCUUCUUAUCUUUCGAGUCUUAUAUUUAAAUAACUUGGCUCCUCCUGUAUCAACACUCCUGAAGAACUUUCUCAAAGAUAUCACUCGGCUACUACUGGAUUGACGUUCCCAGAAAGAUUUUCUCCAAAAAAUAAUGGACAGAUGAAGAGAAUUUCGGAGCCUUCUACUUGCUCGUAUUAAACACAAGUUCUGUAUUGUCUGGACUUACAGUCCAUCCUCUACCAAUGACCUAAUUGUAUAGAUAGGCCUAUCUCAAAUUAUGGAGAGUACCUCCACAUAUGAAUUCCUCUGAGAAGACGUAUUACACCAUACUUGCUUGACUCUCUCUCAAGUUUUUUAAGUAUAUCGUUGAAAUUAACGGUCCGUGUGUUCGUGAGAGCACUAUUCUUUAUCUAGUGCCACUCAUUUUUUUGGGCAGGUAUCUUACCCCUUUUUGCUACAUUAGUUCCUCUGCAUAGAUGCUAUAGACGGUUUCAACUCUUGCCUAAGGAUUUAAUGAUAUCCAUGUGAUCGAUCUAGUUGAAAGCUCCCUCGAUAGCAAUAUAUACAUAUGUACAUAUGUAUAUAAUUUAUUUCAAAUUUUCUUAAAAUGUAUUUACUUUUUCACAUGCAAUUAUAUACAAAUAAAAGCUACUUUGAAAACAUCCCUUGCAUCUUUAGCUUAGUAUUUUUCUUAAAUUUGUAGCUAGUGAAAUGUUCUUUAUUUUAGCACAUUUAUAAGUUACUUAAAUGAAUGCAUUAAGUAGUUGAACUUUUUCUUUUAAACUGAUUUCAAUAAAUAGCCAUAAUGAUAUUUAAUAAUGGCAUGCAAUUCUGUAGUCUUGUACGAUUUGUUCGCCAGUUUGCUUUGCACGUGCAACACUUUUGUAAUUGAAAUUCACGACAUUCGAAAAUGUCAACAUUCACACACACCACUAAAAAACAGCUAUAAAAACUAAAAACACAUGCUAUUUCAAUUAUUAAAUUUCUGUUGUAGAAAACUUCUGUGUCAAAGUGACGAUGAAGAUGACAUGGAAUACUAGUGAACUAGAGACUAGUGAACAGCUAGACCUACUCGUAGCAUUACAAAAGCUGCUUUCACAACAAUACAAUGAAUACACUUUAGGAAAUCGAUAGCCACAUUUUGUAUUCGUAUUCGUAUAUUAAUAGUUUAAUACUACAAAUUUACGCUCAGAUAUUUAGUGCAUACUUAGGUGUACAUGCAUAUGUGAGAAUAUGUAUGUAUAUACGUAGUAUCAUAUAGCUAUUCAUAUUCAUAAAUGUAUGUACCAUAAGCAAUGUAUGUACGUUUGUAAUCGAACACAUGUUCGUUUUCGCAUUCGUAUUCAUAUUCGUAUUUGUAUAAGUACUCAACUCAGAAUUCGCCAUUCGAACUGUUUUCUAACAUAACGCUAAACACAUAAGCAAUAGUACAUAUACAUAUAUACUACUAAACCAAUAGUAUAGCAGCUAGCAGGUUAUUACAGACUCCAAUGCAGUAUUUGCCAUUUAUUUAUUAAAGCUUUUAGUAAUAUUUUAAUUGGAAUUGCACUUGAAGUAAAACUUUACAUGCAAUGCUACAGCACCACAUAAAAAUUAAUAAAAAUAGUGUAAGCGUUUUUGAAUUUAUAUUACAAUAAUGAAAUUCUUCUAAAUAUGUACUAUAUGUAUAACGGUUAAGUAUGUACAUAGAGUAGCAAAGUAUACGUCGACAGCUUUAUUUUGAAAAUUAGCAAAUGAAAAUAUGUUCGUACAUUUUUCAGCAGUAAACAAAAUUCCUUUUCAAUGUCAAACUAAAUUAAGUAUAAAGUUUAUCUAGGAACUUUACUGAACAAGCGAAUACCAGUAAAAGUGCAUGCAAAAGUGAAAGCUGCAAAUACAUACAAAGAUUUUUUUUAAGAUUUUGCUCUGCAUGUGAAUUCAGGUAAAAGCUCUCAUAAAAAUGAAAGCUGAAAAUGCAAAACUCUUCAAAAAGCUUUUGCAAUCAGCAAAAGUGUAAAUUCCGUUAAAUAUGAAAAUUGCUCUACUAUAUGCUUUUUCUCAACAAGCGAAAUGCAAGUGAGUUGAAGAGAAAAGUACAGUAACAGCAAAAGCUGCUGAUUCAAAACUCUUUAAAAAUGUUUACUCUGCAAUCAAAUGCUAGUCAAAGCUCUGCUAAAAACGGAAGCUAAAAAUGAAAAAGUAUUUAGAAGAAAAUGCUGUUGCAAGCUUUCAUGAAAGUGGCAGCUACUAACGUAAAGUAAAGGCUUUACUCAGAUAUCGGAAGCAAAUGGAAUUUCUGGCUUCAAUUAAAUCUGCAUUUGCAAAGCUACACAAUUCGCUACAAUCACUUUUGACUAAAAAAUUUUGCUUAAGCUGGUUAUUAAGCUUAUAAGUAAGUAAAUAUUUUGUUGUAGACAAGUUUUUUUAAGAAAUCAACUUUUCUUUGCUGUACAAAACUUUAAAUUAUAUGCUGAAGUUUAAUGAAAAGUAGAAAAUGGUUUGUAAACAUACAUACAUAUAUUGAAAAAAAAAAAUUGUGAUAAUAGUCAUAACUAUUAGAUUUUAUGUUCGCGGCAAAAAAAAAAUAUUGUUUUAAAAGUUAAUGUUGAAAAUUUUGUAAUGUGAGGAAAUGCCACACUCAAUUGUAUGGAAUGUAAGAUGAAUUGUAAAAGUAAAGCAUAUUCAAAUGUAAAUCAAGUACUUAAGUUAGUCUAGUCAAAUGCCAUUACAUGUUAAGGUGAAAUGAAAAUAAAACUACGUACAAACUGUGUUAAAAAAUAAUGUUGAAAUACUUAUCUUAAAUACAAAGAAGAUUCAGUAAAAUUGGGAAAAAAAAUUCAGCAAAUGUAAAUGCAUAGACUCAACAAUUAUUUUAAUUUAAUUCUCGAUUCAAAUCUCAUAAAUUUACUUUUAAAAUAUCUUUCGAAAAUUCAAAGAGAUACAUAAAGUUUUACCUAAAUGUUAUUUUUAAUUUAUUUACCUUUAAAGCUGCAUCAGCUUGUUGCAAAUAGUUAAGAUGGCUUAAAGCUUAAAGAAUUACAUAUAAUAUUAAUGAUUCGCUCGCUAAACAUACAGCUGAUUGAGAAAGGAAUAAGUAGAUACUUCAAAUUAUAAUAAAUGUAACACUUAAAAGCAAAAGUUCAAACAUUCACAAAUUUUAUGUUCAACGAUUUAGGUUUCCUCUUUCUUUAUUUGAUCAAAAAAAUAUUGGAUGUGUAUUAGGCCAGGUCGAUUUGUGGGGAGGCAAAAAAAUCGCAGAUUGCUCUGUGAAAAUCAUAUUUUAGGGAUCAAAAUAAGAAACUUUGCCGAAGGAACCAUACCUCUAAAACGAAUUCUGAUGUCCCCCAAUUUGGGUCGAACUUUUUAGUUUCUUUUCUCAUGUAAAGGCCAAAAAUAGUGAUAUUUUGAAAUGAUUAUAUGGGGAACCCCCCAGGGGAGUUCCAGGGGGUGUGCCACUAGCAUGGGUGGAUCGGUCGUCCAAAGUUAGUGGGGGUCGGUCAAACAUUUGAACUCGAUUGGAGCACUCUAAAUGGGUCAAAGUGGGAUUUUUCGUUCGACCCAAAUUGGGGGACAUCAGAAUUCGUUUUAGAGGUAUGGUUCCUUCGGCAAAGUUUCUUAUUUCUAUCCCUAGAAUACGAUUUUCAUAGAGCAAUGAGCGAUUUUUAAAUCAACCCGCCCUAAUGAGUAUGACGAAAUACUUAGGGAAUAUACAUAACUCGUAAAGCUAAAUGCUAAAUGCUUGCAAUCUCCUCUGACUCCCUAUGGUGUUUUAUGUCAUUAUUCCGUACCUGAUACCUAUAGCACUUCAGCUGACACAAGCGGCAAUAUGCUUGGGAGUAUAGCGAAAAAUACUGCAUAGGGGAGAGCGAUCCCCUUUGGAUGUGGGUGGCGGGAAAGCAAUGCUGGCGAAAAAGAAACAAUUUUCAUUUAAACUAAAGGUUUUAGAUAGAUUAUGGUUUUAGUCGCUGAAUAUUCCGAAUACUGUAGUGGCGCACUUUCAACAUGGCUGCGAAAUUACGAAGCGGCAAUGUUAGGUGUACAGCAAAAUGCUAAAAUUAUUAUGAUCUGUACAAGCUAAGCCAUAAAAAUUGUUCUUGUAGAAAACCUAGGCUCAUCUCACUGAAAUACUCUCCGAAAAGUUAUUAAGUAAUAAAGAAAAGGGGGGGAUGUAAAUGAGCUCGAGGCAGCUACUCCACACCGACGAAUAUAGAGUCAAAUUCAUUAGCGGUUGGAGAUUAAAGAAAACAGCAAAAUGUUUCUCUUCUUAUCUUUGAAUUACUCUUAUUCACAUACACAUGUAUGCAAAUGAUCACGAAGUACUGGUCGAUGGAAAACUAAGCAGUUGGGUUAUGUUAGGCAGGUUGCUCUAAAAAAUAAUUCACUUCGGAGCCACAGUACCGAAUUCAGUCCAGGUCCUCAAGGAAGAGAUUAUACACAUGUAUUUCCAAGAAGUGGUGUAUGAUCUUAACCUUUCCCAGUUCUACAGAUACACGUAUAGAGUUUUCAGAUGAAUUCUCAUCCCCAUCACAUCAGACCUUCAAACCAAGUUGAUGGAAUGAAUCUCUAACCUCUAGAAUGUUUUCAUAUUAAACUUAAAGUUCUUUGAGAUUAUGAGCUUUGAUUUUACCGUAUCAAACGAUGUGAGAUUUGAAAUUUCCUCACGAUUCAUAUAUCUCUUUUUUAAGUCGCCACCCACGAAACCAAGGAGAUAAAAUGAAAUAUAUUUUUUAUCCCAAUAUCACAUCGACAAUUCACGACCGUCUUCAUAAUGAAGGCUAAGAAAUGUUUCUAAUAGUCGGGUUGAGCCUAUCGGAUUACGUCUUCUCUAUUAAAGGAGGAGCCAAAAAGUUUUUCUUGCCUAAGUCCCGCUAUGGGCGUACUCACUCGUUUAAUAGAACAGCUGAUGAAGCAAAAAAAUUACAGACUAGCAGAUAUGAAAAUCUUCGCAUUUAGAACUGUUAUGAAUAGAAACUUCGGGGUUAGAAUGUAAUAGAAAAUGGUGCUUUUUCCAGCAACUUCUUGCUAAUAAGAGGCAUGGCAAUUAAAAAUAAUUAAUUUUAUUUAUAAUUUUGAAAAAAAAUCCUUAAGAAUUUCGUAGGACACGGUUAGAACAUGAAAACUAAAUAUGUAAAACUGUAAAUAACGUUCAACAUUUCUGUUCCAAAAAAAGAAUUGUUUAAGCAUUUGCUGAAUUCAAACUCUCAAACUCUUUAAGAUUAACCGUAAUUUUUUGUAUUUUUAAUAAGCACUAAUUCUGCAGGCUUAAAAAUAUGUCGGCGUUACAAAAUUCUUGGCUACCAAAGCCGAAAGAAAUAUAUUUUUAUCCAAAAGUUUGUGCAAAAUCUACCUGCAUACCAACACAAAUACAAAUUGUAACAAAUCAAUACAGGAUUCUAUUUACAAAACCAAAAUAUUUUUCUUCAGCGCAAAAUUGUAAAUCUUCGAAUAAAAAUAAAAAUAGUGACAAUUGCUAAAUAAAAUUCAAAUAAAAAUCCAAAACUACUAA